UUUAUGCGUUAGUUUUACGUUUUGUUUGGUUAAUAGAGUACCCUUUUCCAUCUUAACACGUGAAUCGCAAAGAUGGCACAUAUUGUUAAACAUAUAACUGUCGUCCCUAGUUAUAAGGACUUUGUUGAUAUAGUGCUGUCUAGAACUCAACGAAAGACCCCGACUGUUGUACAUAAGCAUUAUAAGAUUUCCAGAAUUAGAGAUUUUUAUAUGAGAAAAGUAAAAUUCACUCAACAGACUUUUCACGACAAGCUUUCGCUUAUCAUAUCCGAGUUUCCAAUAAUCUCAAAUCUCCACCCUUUUUAUGCUACAUUAAUGAAUGUUCUUUACAACACUGAUCAUUACAAGUUGGCUCUAGGGGGUAUUAAUAAAGCUCGACAAUUGAUUGAUGACUGUGCAAAAGACCAUGUUAAAUUGUUAAAAUACGGAGACUCACUCUACAGAUGUAAAUGUCUCAAAAGAGCUGCUCUUGGCAGAAUGGUGACUAUAAUGAAGGGACAGGCAAAGAAUCUACUUUACUUGGAAGAAAUUAGACAACACAUCAAUCGUCUCCCAACUAUUGACCCAAAUACAAGGACUUUAUUAAUAACAGGAUUUCCUAAUGUGGGAAAAUCAUCUUUCAUAAACAAAAUUUCCCGGGCUGAUGUGGAAGUGCAACCUUAUGCUUUUACUACAAAGUCUUUGUAUGUAGGCCACACUGACUAUAAAUAUCUCAGAUGGCAGGUAAUAGAUACACCUGGUAUUCUUGAUCAUCCAAUUGAAGAAAGAAACUCCAUAGAAAUGCAAGCAGUUGCUGCUCUCAUUCACAUCCGUGCUGUUGUCUUAUAUAUAGUGGAUAUUUCUGAACAGUGUGGGCACACACUUGAGGAGCAGUUGGCUUUAUAUAAAAACAUCAAGCCAUCUUUCAGUAACAGACCUAUAUUGAUAGUUAUCAACAAAAUAGAUAUUGUAAAACCAGAUGAACUUUCAGAGGACAAAAAGAGAGUUCUUGUGGAUUUCCAAAGUGAAGGCGAACCAGUACUUGAAAUGAGCACACUAACUGAAGAUGGUGUAAUAGCUGUUAAGACUGAAGCUUGUGAGAGACUCCUUGCUUUUCGAGUAGAGCAGAAAAUGAAAUCUAACAAAAUGGCAACUGUAUCUAACAGGCUACAUGUAGCUAUUCCUAAGAAAAGAGAUGAUAAGGAUCGACCACCCUGUAUACCUCAGAGUAUACUUAAAAAGAAAAAUGCAAUGGAUGUAGACAAAGUUGGUAGGAAGCUGGAAAGGGAGAUAGAACAAGAGAUGGGUGAUGAUUAUACAUUGGAUUUAAGGAAAACUUGGCUUCUUCCUAAUGAUAAUGAAAAAUAUGAUGUAAUACCUGAGAUUUGGCAAGGAAAAAAUGUGGCUGAUUUUAUUGACCCUGAAAUUAUGGAGAAACUAGAAGAACUUGAGAAAGAGGAAGAGGCCAGAGAUGAAGCUCAUUAUUACAGCAUGAGUGAGAGUGAAGAAGAUGAAGAGACACGUGACAUGAGGAAGACCGCUAGAAAGAUUCGCGAGAAACGCAAAAUCAUCACCAUUGAAUCUGGUGAGAAAAGAAGGGUUGAGAAAUCUAGAAUGCCUCGUGCUGUGAAAAGAUCAAGAAGUGUUGCCCAGUUAGAAACAGAAUUAGAAGACUUGGGAGUAGACAUACCUAAGGAUAAAUCUAGCCACUAUUUGAGAGCUAAAAGCAGGUCCAGCAGCCGGCCCCCAUUGAAGAGAAAGUGUACAGAGUACGAGGCAGCUGAAGCCAGAAGCAAGUCAAGGACUCCAAGGGACAGAUCUGGUUUAAGAGAUAAUACUAUGAUAAAGAAGGUGAAAAAGAUAGCCAAGAAAGCUCAGAAACCACGUAAUCACCAAGCCAAAAAGGGAGAGGGAGACAGAGUUAUACUCAAUAUGAAGCCUAAACAUUUGUUUUCUGGUAAAAGAAAGGCUGGAAAAACAGACAGGCGUUAAAAUAUUAAUCCAUGGAUAGUAGAUAUAAAUAUUACCAGGUGAAAGCAGAAGAAAAAUCAAUAAUAAAAGAGACUUAACACUCA